AUGAACCAAUUAGAUAUAAGUUCACAUCAAUUCAUCAUAUAUGCUGGUAUUAUAAUGUAUAUAUUUGGCUCAAUUGGAAACAUUUUAAGCAUUUGCGUAUUCGCUAUAUGGUGUCGUUCACCAAAAAUGUCAUAUAAACGUUGCAAAAUUGCUCGAACAAAUAAUAGUUCAUUAUAUUUACUUGCAUCUUCACUGGCAAAUUUGGUUGUUAUAGCUUAUCCACUUUUGACGCGUAUUCUAUUCGAUGGUUAUCAAUAUCGAGUAACAAAAACAAAUUUACUUUUUUUAUGUAAAUUAAGAUAUUAUGUUUUACAUACAUUUGAUCUAAUAUCAUUAACAUGUAUUUGUAUGGCAACAUUUGAUCGAUAUUUAAUAUCAUCAAGAAAAGUUCGUUUUAGAGAAUUAAGUACACGAAGACAUCGAACAAUAUUAAUUAUUUUAUUUAUUAUUGGUUUAAUAGGAUUUCAUAGUAUCUCAAUAGCUAUAUUCUAUGAUGUGUCAAAUACUGGUCAGUGUGCGAUUCUUUCACGAAUAUAUCUAUAUUAUUAUUUAUAUACAAUUCAAAUAUGUCUUCAUGGAAUAAUUCCAAUUACUUUUCUUUCCAUAUUUGGAAUAUUAACAUUUAAACAAUUAAGAACUAUAAAGACACGACAUUGUCAUCGUCAUGGAAGGAUAAGUACAGAUAAACAAUUAUCUCGUAUGCUUUUAUUAAUAUCUAUUGCAAUAAUACUUUCAUCUAUUCCAUAUUGUAUUGAACAAUGUUUAAAUGCUAUAUUUAUUGGAAAUAUUUUUUUAAAAUCAUCUUAUUUUUUUCUUUAUCAUGUUAUAUCAUCAAUUUUAUUUUAUACAAAUCCAGUAUCAAGUUUCUAUAUAUAUUAUAUAUCAACACCAAAUUUUCGUAUUCAAGUACAGAAAAUAAUUUUUUGUAGACAUUCUCUUGAUUAUGUUGUUUAUUAUAAAGUCAAAAAAUGA